GGCGGAGUGUGUUGAGCGAAGCACCGGACAUCGGCACUGGCGGAGCCGGGCGGCGAAGCUGGAGCGGCGGUGGCGGCGGCGGCGGGAGGCCGGGGCCGGGGCUGAGGCCGAGGCCGGGGCUGCGAGGCCCUUGGGGAGACAGGCGGCGGGAGCCCGGGGCCCGAGCCCGGAGACUGGAGCGGCCGCCAUGGCCGAGAGCAUCAUAAUCCGUGUCCAGUCCCCUGAUGGCGUGAAGAGGAUCACAGCUACGAAGAGAGAGACGGCUGCCACCUUCCUGAAAAAGGUUGCAAAGGAGUUUGGCUUCCAAAACAACGGCUUCUCAGUUUACAUCAAUAGAAACAAGACUGGAGAGAUAACAGCAUCGUCCAGCAAAUCCCUCCAUUUGCUAAAAAUCAAGCAUGGCGAUUUGUUGUUCCUGUUUCCCUCAAGCCUUGCUGGACCCUCGUCUGAAAUGGAAACAUCGACCUCGGUAGGGUUAAAGGCCUUUGGUGCUCCUAACGUGGUUGAAGAUGAGAUCGAUCAAUACCUCAGCAAGCAGGAUGGGAAGAUUUACCGGAGCCGAGACCCACAGCUAUGCCGCCAUGGUCCCUUGGGCAAGUGUGUGCAUUGUGUCCCACUGGAGCCAUUUGAUGAGGACUAUCUGAACCACUUGGAGCCUCCUGUGAAGCACAUGUCCUUCCAUGCCUACAUCCGGAAGCUGACUGGAGGGGCUGACAAGGGUAAGUUUGUUGCCCUGGAGAACAUCAGCUGCAAGAUUAAGUCAGGGUGUGAGGGACACCUCCCAUGGCCAAAUGGUAUCUGCACCAAAUGCCAGCCCAGUGCCAUCACGCUGAACAGACAGAAAUACCGACACGUGGACAACAUCAUGUUUGAGAAUCAUACUGUUGCUGACCGCUUCCUUGACUUCUGGAGAAAGACCGGAAACCAGCAUUUUGGGUACUUAUACGGACGGUACACAGAGCACAAGGACAUUCCCCUCGGCAUCAGGGCUGAAGUGGCUGCAAUUUACGAGCCUCCUCAGAUUGGUACACAGAACAGUCUGGAGCUUCUGGAAGACCCGAAAGCUGAGGUGGUUGACGAGAUUGCCGCCAAACUUGGCCUGAGGAAGGUUGGAUGGAUAUUCACGGACCUUGUCUCAGAAGACACCCGAAAGGGUACAGUCCGAUACAGUCGGAAUAAGGACACCUAUUUCCUGAGUUCAGAAGAAUGCAUCACUGCAGGAGACUUUCAAAACAAGCACCCCAACAUUUGCCGGCUCUCUCCCGAUGGUCAUUUUGGAUCCAAGUUUGUUACUGCAGUGGCCACAGGUGGUCCUGACAACCAGGUUCACUUUGAAGGGUACCAGGUAUCCAAUCAGUGCAUGGCACUAGUCCGAGAUGAGUGUCUUCUACCUUGUAAGGAUGCCCCUGAGCUUGGCUAUGCUAAGGAGUCCAGCAGUGAGCAGUAUGUUCCUGAUGUGUUUUAUAAGGACAUAGACAAGUUUGGCAAUGAGAUCACCCAGCUGGCCCGUCCCCUGCCUGUGGAGUAUCUCAUCAUAGAUAUCACAACCACCUUCCCCAAGGAUCCAGUUUACACUUUUUCUAUUUCUCAAAAUCCGUUUCCUAUCGAAAACCGGGAUGUACUGGGUGAAACACAGGACUUCCAUAGUUUGGCCACCUACUUGUCCCAGAAUACCUCAUCCGUGUUCUUGGAUACCAUUUCCGACUUCCAUCUCCUGCUGUUUCUGGUCACCAAUGAAGUCAUGCCGCUGCAGGACAGUAUCAGCCUGCUGCUAGAAGCCGUGAGGACCAGAAAUGAGGAGCUAGCACAGACAUGGAAAAAGUCUGAACAGUGGGCCACCAUUGAGCAGUUAUGCAGCACCGUUGGUGUGCAGCUCCCAGGCCUCCACGAGUUUGGUGCAGUCGGGGGCUCUGCACGCGCUGCUACCUCUGCCAUGUGGGCCUGUCAGCACUGCACCUUCAUGAACCAACCUGGCACAGGCCACUGCGAGAUGUGCAGCCUCCCCCGGACCUAGGGCUCUGGGCCUCUGCUGCAUGGGACUGGGCCAGCCCAGCCCUCUGAAGUCUGGAGCGCCACAUGUUCCCUAUAAGGCCUGAAGCCCACAGCCCUGAAACAGUGGGGCCAGCUGCCCUGGUAUUCCAGAUACCCUGAAGCGUCUCCGUGCAGAUCUUGAAGAGAAAGAACCUCGGCUGCUGUGCUGGGGUUGAACAGAGCCUCCCACCUGGGAAGGCAGAGCAGACCUGCCCAAGAGCUCCCCACACGCCUCACGUGUUGGAGGGACUGAACACGUCCAGCCAAUCACCUGAAAUUGGGGUGUACAGAGAGGGUGCUGCUGUCACCCAGCUAUCUCUCCUUCCUCUAUGAUCUUUGUUUUCUGCCUUCCCACCUUCUCCCCCAGUGUUCGGAUGAAUGUUCCUGGCUGUCUCUGUUCCCUUGCUGUGGGGCUGUGUCCCUCCUUUGGGAGCAUGUGUGGCUAGGGUGUGGCAGCCUUUGUCUGACAUGCAGUAUAGUAGGUCCCUGACCUUUACUUGCCUGAAAUCAGCAGUUAUCAAUAAUUCCCACCCAGGAAACUUUUAUUUAUUGUUUUUUAAAGAUAAAACUGCACAGAUGGGAGUGAGAGAUUUACCUCUGCUCCUUCCUCCUUCAGUGCAGCCCCUCUUGGGUGGUUUAUUGGGCAGGAGGCCACCAUCAUUUCUCCUCAGAAGCAAACCUCAGUGCCUGAGACUUUCCUGCCACGCUGCAGACAGUGGCAGUUGGUAGCAUGGGUGGUUCAUCAGAGCAGUGGUGGCUCUUGCCUGGCAGUCAGCCCCUUCAAGUCUGGACAGCCCUGGAGUUCUGGUCCCCUCUCCUAGCACUGUACCUUUACCCAGCGAGUCCCCACACUGUGGUCUUCUUGCACAGUGUGUGGCAGUUGAGAAAGCCUAGAAAAGGUGCCCAUUUGACCACUGUGAGGCAAAUAGAAACAGUCCCUAAGGGUCCUAUGUGGCUGUGUUGUGACAGCCCUUACCCAGGUAAGAGAUGGAUGUCGUGAUGCCUCGUUGCCUUAAUGAGAGCUGAGUCAGCUGUCCUUCACCCUGGGAAAGUCCAUGCCAGCUGUGGACUGCUGGGAGCCAUGUUUGUCACCUUAGUAGAAUGCACCAAUGUUCCCUUCUGCAUCUCUGGCCCUGUGGACAGAACACUUAUUGCUAGGUUAUCUAUCGUGUGGCAGGGCUGGCCAGCACCGUUGGGUCUCACCUGGCAUGAGAUCUGAAGCUAAAGCCCUGGGACUGUGGAGCCAUUGGGCUUGGUUUGGUAUUGACAGGGUCAUCCUGAGGGGUUAGCAGUGGUAGAGAGCAAGGCAAGUGAUCUCUCCAGCUACCUGCCAGCAGUAGAGAGAGAGAGAGAGAGUGCUGAGGGCUGGUAGUGUCUCUGGCUAGGGCUUCACCUUUCGGUUUUUUGUUUUUUGUUUUUUCUGGUCCCUGAGUCUGGCAUUUCUGUCUGUGACUUAGCUAUGUUUCUGAUGCCAAUCACACUAGCACCAUUACAUGCUGGGCAGGUGCUGGGCAGCACAGACGCUGGAGACCUGUUUGCCACUGCUUGUCCCCCAUUCAUCUUUGUCUACAAAGUUAAUUACGUUCUCAUGUUCUGGCAUCCACAUAAUUCUUGUUUUCUCUGACUUAUAGCUAAAGAAAUUUUUGUGGUUUCUCUGCUUAUGGUUUUGAGUUACUCUUUGUUCAGUAAUGCACUUUAUUUUAUUGUCCAAAGAGAGUCAAGCUAAAGCUACCACCUUGGGGUGAGCCCUACAGAAGGUUCAGACCCGGGCAGCUCAGCUACCUCCUUCUACAUGGAGGUGGCCCUGGUCCCACCUCUAAUCCCUACUGUCAUCAGGCACUACAGCCCAAAAAGAGGUGCUUGUGAGCACACCCACCCAAGUGAACCCAGUGGCUGCCAUGGUCCUCUUCAGGCUCAGAGAUGGGUCUAGCCCUGGCCUUGCUCUGAUCAGCCUGCUCCUGGGGCAUGGGUGCUCCCGCUUCUGCUCUGCUUGGGCUCACAGGUAUGCACUGGCUGGGUGUGGAUGAGUAUUUUUCUGACCCCAGCCCUGCAGUGGAACCUAAUAAAAGCACCUGAAGCGAUUGUCCUGCUCCCAGUGCAUUGUUCCUGUGCCCAGAACCACAGUCCACCGGUGUGGCAUGGAUGUGUUGCCUUGUAAGGACAGUCCUGAGUGUUAGAACCUGGUGUGCAGAAGAUAAACUGACGAUGCUUCCAACCCUGGAGGUGACUCCGAUGCUGCAAAGAAUUCAUCUCCCACUUGUUUCCACUCAAGGUGUCUUCAGAGCAGCCUGGGGCUUGGGCUCAGAUCUGUUUCAGAGACCACUCAGAAAUGAUAAAAUAGGUCCAGGCUUCACCCUUGGGUUAAAGUUGGUUUUUGUUUUUUUGUUUUCACUUAAUUUACAGCUGGGCAUAGUGGUCUGUGCCUUUAUUCCCAGUACUCUGGAAGCACAGACAGGCUACAACUAUAAAGCCUAAGAAAUAAAUAUUUGGGGCUGGGGGGUGUCCAGUUCCAGACAGAGCUUUUUGUUUUUUGUUUUGUUUUGUUUUCAUAAGCGUUGCUGUUGUAGAACUAGCUUUGUAGACCAGCCUGGCCUUGAACUCAGAUCCACCUGCCUCUGCCUCCUGAGUGCUGGGAUUAAAGGUGUAUACCACCA